UACUGAUGUGGUGCAUUCUGGAUAAUUUCUCCACAUAAGCCCUUUGAUCAAGGAAUAUUGACUAGCUGGUGCCUGUUUCUAGUCACGACUCCACUAAAGUUCCCCUCCCAUGUCAUUGGAUCCUCCUUCGAUCUUCCGUAAUCGCACAUGUCCGCCAGCCUCGUGCAAAUCGUUUAUGCUUUUUCUCCGGCGAUCUUACGGCCGGCACAUACCAUGCAUAUAUACCAGAGAUCGAUCAAACAUGUUACAAUAAUAAAACUCCAUAUUAAUCUAUACAUCCCUAAACUAAUCCAAAGAUGAAAGUUUUGGCGUUGGCUUUGCUUUUCUUGCCAGGCUUGGCCACGUUGCUCCGUCAAUUCGGACCGCCGUCGCCGUCGCCAUCGUCGCUGGCGGAAAAAGGAGAAGCUGAAGAUUCAUGCGGAGCCGUGAGCUCAAUCAUAACCCGUCCAAUGUUCGAGGAAAUGCUUAAGCACCGCGGCGAUCUCCGCUGCCCAGGAAGCUUCUACACCUACGAAGCCUUUAUCGCCGCGGCAGAGGCCUUCCCCGGGUUCGGAACCACCGGCCUCCCCGCCACCUGCCGCCGGGAGCUUGCCGCCUUCUUCGGCCAGACUUCUCAUGAAACCAGAG